GACCAACGCAACUUUUGCAGAGACUCCUCUCACUCCACAGACAUGUCGCACAAUAGCUGAAGUAAACCUGUCACCGCGGCUCAUCAUCUGAGCCUCCAGUAAGACACCGCCGGUGGGAUUGGACUCGCACAGCCUCUCUCGUCUCUGUCGCUCUCCCCUCGCAUCGGACCCUACGCUUGGAAACGCCUGGAUAUGAAUUAUGAGCAUUUUCCUCACUAAUGAACUGGGCCAGUAAUGCAGGAGACCGCGGCGACUCUCUCAUCAGUGUUUCAAGAUGGCAGAUUUUCAUUGAGUUUUGAACAGAAAUCUCGCUUUAUUUUUUUGCCAUGAAUAACAGAAACCCUUGCACCGAUGGCCCCUGUAUACGAAGGUAUGGCCUCGCAAGUGCAAGUGUUCUCCCCUCACACUCUUCAAUCAAGUGCCUUCUUUAGCGUGAAGAAACUGAAGGUGGAGCAGAGUUGUAACUGGGAUAUGACAGGGUACGGCACACACAGCAAAGUCUACAGCCACAACAGCAGCAAGAACUUGUCGGCCGCUAGUGGCCCCCUCGGCAUCAACAACUCCCUGCAAGUCACCAGCUCCACCCUGCCCUACGAGCAGGCACUCAUCUUCCCAGCCAGCGCGGGCCACAUUGUGGUCGCCUCAGCCAGUAGCACUUCGGGGGCCGUGGGGUCUCUGCUGGGCAGUGGGGGUGGAGGCAGCAGCAGCAGCAGCAGUGGUGGCGGCGGCGGCAGCGGUGUGGGUGGCGGGGUUGGCGUUCACAACCUGACGCGCCGCAGCACGGUCAGUCUCCUGGACACCUACCAGCGAUGCGGGCUUAAGCGCAAAAGUGAGGAGCUUGACAACAACAGCAGCGUGCACAUCAUCGAGGAGCACGGCCCACCGAUGAUCCAGAACGGUGCAGCCAGCGGAGCCACGGUGGCUACGGUGGCCACCGCCACCUCCACCGCAACGUCCAAGAACAGCGGCUCCAACAGCGAGGGCGACUACCAGCUGGUGCAACACGAGGUGCUCUGCUCCAUGACCAACACCUACGAAGUGCUGGAGUUCUUGGGGCGAGGAACCUUUGGACAGGUGGUUAAGUGCUGGAAGAGGGGCACCAACGAGAUCGUGGCCAUCAAGAUCUUGAAAAACCACCCGUCGUAUGCACGGCAGGGUCAGAUCGAGGUCAGCAUCCUGGCACGUCUCAGCACGGAGAGCGCAGAUGACUUCAACUUCGUGAGGGCCUACGAGUGCUUCCAGCACAAGAACCACACGUGCCUGGUAUUUGAGAUGCUGGAGCAGAACCUGUACGACUUCCUCAAGCAGAACAAGUUCAGCCCCCUGCCGCUCAAAUACAUCCGACCCGUGCUGCAGCAGGUGGCCACGGCGCUAAUGAAACUGAAGAGCCUGGGCCUGAUCCACGCUGACCUGAAGCCAGAGAACAUCAUGCUCGUGGACCCGUCUCGACAGCCCUACAGGGUCAAAGUCAUUGACUUUGGCUCAGCCAGCCAUGUGUCAAAAGCAGUCUGCUCCACUUAUCUACAGUCCAGAUACUACAGGGCUCCGGAGAUCAUCCUGGGCCUGCCGUUCUGUGAGGCCAUAGACAUGUGGUCCCUGGGCUGUGUGAUAGCCGAGCUCUUCCUGGGAUGGCCCCUCUACCCAGGAGCCUCAGAGUACGAUCAGAUCCGGUACAUCUCACAGACUCAGGGUCUGCCUGCAGAGUAUCUGUUGAGUGCGGGAACAAAGACCACCAGGUUCUUCAACAGAGACACCGACUCCACCUAUCCUCUCUGGAGACUUAAGACUCCAGAGGACCACGAGGGUGAAACAGGGAUCAAGUCCAAGGAGGCUCGCAAGUACAUCUUCAACUGCUUGGAUGAUAUGGCGCAGGUAAACAUGACGUCCGAUCUGGAGGGGAGCGACAUGCUGGCAGAGAAGGCCGACAGGAGGGAGUUCAUCGACUUGUUAACCAAGAUGCUGACCAUUGACGCAGACAAGAGGAUCACCCCUAUCGAAACGCUCAACCACCCCUUUGUCACUAUGUCGCAUCUCCUCGAUUUCCCGCACAGCACACAUGUCAAGUCGUGCUUCCAAAACAUGGAGAUCUGUAAGCGUCGUGUCAACAUGUACGACACAGUCAACCAGAGCAAGACGCCGUUCAUCACCCACGUGGCCCCCAGCACCUCCACCAACCUCACCAUGACUUUCAACAACCAGCUGAACACUGUGCACAGCCAGGCCACCAACCUGGUUCCCUCCUCCACCAACAAUGCCACCCUUUCCUUUACAAGUCCUGAUGUCUCCAUACUAAACUACCAAUCUGCACUCUACCAGCCCUCUGCUGCCUCCAUGGCAGCUGUGGCCCAGAGGAGCAUGCCCCUGCAGCCGGGGGCUCCUCAGCUCUGCGCUGCCCGGCCCGACCCCUUCCAGCAGGCGCUCAUCGUCUGCCAACCUGGCUUCCAAGGGCUGCAGGCGUCCCCUUCCAAGCAUACCAGUUACUCUGUGCGGAUGGAGAAUGCUGUUCCCAUAGUGACGCAGGCCCCUGGUGCCCAGCCUCUGCAGAUCCAACCUGGCCUGCUUACCCAGCAGGCCUGGCCCAGCGGCACCCAGCAGAUCCUGCUUCCUCCAGCCUGGCAGCAGCUCACCCACACCUCAGUCCAGCAUGCCACUGUCAUCCCCGACUCCAUGAGCAGCACGCAGCCUCUCGCCAACUGGAGGAAUUCCCAUCCUCAUGGCAGCCAUUAUAAUCCCAUCAUGCAGCAGCCAGCCUUGUUGGCUGGACACGUUACGCUCCCAUCCAACCAGGCGCUUAAUGUGGGAGUGGCACACGUUAUGAGGCAGCCCUCAACCAAUAACAACUCCUCUUCCAAAAAGAACAAACAGCACCAGAUGUCUGCCAGGAACAUGUCAGCCUACGAGGUGUCGUCCUCCCAGGCGGUGCUGUCUCCGCAGCGCUCCAAGCGGGUGAAGGAGAACACGCCUCCACGCUGCGCUGUGCUACAGAACGGCUCGGCGACCAACUGCCCGCCCCCGCAGGGCUGUGUGGGCAGCGGGUGGGGGGCCAGCGAAGCAGAGCAGGCUUCCAGCACCACCCGCGACCAUCAGCACCAGCACCACGUCCCCAGACAGACCAUCAUCAUCCCCGACACGCCCAGCCCUGCAGUCAGCAUCAUCACCAUCAGCAGUGACACAGAUGAGGAAGAUGACCACAAACAAAACAACAGUUCAUCGUCAAAGCAGCGGAAGAAUGUCAUCAGUUGCGUGACGGUCCACGAUUCACCCGACUCCGACUGUUCCAGCAACAACAGCCCCUACAGUGUGGAGCCCAGACACCCGAACAACAACAGCUACGACACAAAGACCACCAUCCUGGACAACUACAACAAUGGGAACCCCCGCACCAUCAUCAUUCCCCCUCUUAAAACCCAGAGCAGUGAGGUCCCGAAUGAGUGUGAGCGCCUGAUGCCAGAUGCAAUGAAUUAUCAGAAUACAGCUUACAAGUUCAAAUCCUCCAAUGGAGUGGUGUCUGGCAAUAAUCACCUACAAGGGGGCGUGUCCUACCGACAGCAGCGCUCAGGGCCACACCCCCUCCAGCAGCAGCCUCUCAAUCUCAGCCAGGCCCAGCAGCACAUGGUAGCCGAGCGAAAUGGUCAUCGACGCCAGCAGGCCUACAUCACCCCAACCAUCGCCACUCAGGCCCCGUACUCCUUCCAUCACAAUAGCCCCUCUCACACGGGCAAUGUCCACCCGCACCUGGCUGCCACACACCUACCCAGCCAGCCCCACCUCUACACCUACACAGCCCCUGCUGCUCUGGGCUCCACCGGCACCGUGGCCCACCUGGUGGCGUCACAGGGCUCGGCGCGCCACCACGCAGUCCAGCACGGAAGCUACCCGCCGAGCAUCGUCCACCAGGUCCCAGUCAGCAUGGGCCACCGCGUGCUGCCCUCGCCCACCUUGCACCACAGCCAGUACCAGGCCCAGUUUGCCCACCAGGCCUACAUCAGCGCUUCACCCGCCUCCACUGUCUACACUGGAUACCCGCUGAGCCCCACUAAGGUCAACCAGUACCCUUACCUCUAGAGAAGACACUGACUGACACUGGAGAGCCUGAGCCAGCGCUGCUGCUGCUGCUGCUGCUGCUGCCCCCGAAACCCAACCGCCCCGAACACCGUCGACAUCCUAAACAUCCUCUCCUCGACCUCAGACAUAAACAGAGACAGAGGAACAUGCAAUCCUCAUGAAACUGUCACGUAUAACUUGAAGAUAUAACGACAGAGAGAGAAAGAAAAAAAGAGAUUCACAGCCUCUCUAGAAGGGAAAGAUGGGGUUGAAUUUCAGAGGGGUACAGUUCAAGAUGUUCUUUUUUUCAAUAAUUUUUUUCUUCUUCUGAAAGGGCCAGUUUUUGCUUUUUUUUCCUCGUCUAUUCUUCACUUUACUUUAUGAGAAAAAGUAAUGUCUCAUUAGUUUUACAGGGAAGUUUGAAACAGGCCUUUUGGGACAGUGGAGGUUCUCUGGUUGGUUUUCUUUUAUUUUCCCCUCUUAAAUUUGGGAAGUGACUGUUGAACAGGGGUUACUGACUGGAAGUUUGGAAUCCCAAGAGAUUUGGGAGAAGGUGAAAUACGGAAACCUGCUGCUCUUCAAAGAAAACAAAAUAUUGAUGGCCUUGAACUGUCUUAAUAUUUCCAAAUCAUUCACGGUGUGGGGCGAACAGAGAGGCAACUCCCCACACUCCACCUUCUCCAGCCAGAGGAGGCUUCUGGAAAUAUAACCAACAGAAGACAACAAACUUUUUAGUGUAUUUAUAGAUAUUUUUGUUCCUUUAUGUUUCACCUUUAUGAUGAUACUUCAGUUUUAGCUAGGUGUCUUAGCUGGGCCCCGUUCUUAGAAUGUAGCAGUCUGCACCUGUUUGUUUUAAGAAGACAACUUUUUUUUCCUGAUACCAAUAGAUUUAUUUGUUCCUCUUUUUUUUUCUAUGUGAUUGCACAAAGUGGUUAUUAUAACAUAGGCAUGUACAACGUGAUUGUCUGUGUGUGCUACUGUCAGCCAUGCGUGUGUAGUCCACCUCCUUAAAACUCUCUUCAGUCUUUAGUUUUUGACCAUUGUUCCCUCGUAGUGCCUUACAUAUACUAUAACGACACAGUUUACUUGGCUUGGAUCCUGAAAGCCACAAGAGACUAUAGCUAUACCUAGAGACACAUGUUUCCCUGGUUUCACAUCCUAGUCGGGGCAGUUGUAGCUCUCUUCCAGGUGUAGGCUCAGCCCCUUGCUGUAUCUUGUUCUUAAUGACAGCAUACUAUACAUGAUGAAGAUUAAUGUCAGAGUCGUUAUCACGCUGAGCUAUUUUAUUAUGUGUGCAUGAGAUAACUUGCCUGGGGUACUUACCAAAGUCAUAGAUAAAAUUCUUGUUACAUUUUGCUCUGGAUAUUGAUGUAAAUAUGAAAAUGUACAGUAUAGCUGUAGCUGUAAACCUUUAUAUCACAGUGGCACCCUAAAUGUGGCUCUAGUUUGAAAUAUAUUUGUCGUUGUUUUUGUUUUUUUGUAAUCACGCGAGGGAAUUUAUGCAUCGUGAUUAGGGAGCAGAGAUAUCAGCUCAGUAUUCGUGUACAGGUAAAGAGUUACAGUACAGUGUGUGAGACACAGUAGAGGUUGUUUUUCAAGGUUUAAAGCUAGUCCGAGAGAAGGGCCUGACAGAAAGUAAUAGCUGCCAUGAGGGGGGUUCUGUGAGGCUAUAGGGAUAGCCUGGCAGCAGAGAAGAGGCAGAGUAUCGAGGGUUGUUUGAGAGAGAGAUUCUGUGUAGGCACGAGUGAGGGAGCUGUUUGAAAGCGUAGGGUCAGUUUAGGUAGGGACUGUGGAGGGCAGGGUGAAACGCUCUAUCUUAAAUGGGAUUCAAAUGGUAGCAAGUUGGCACUGAGCAGGUUGAUAGUAACACUGAGCCCGGGUGGUUGGUAGGAGCCCAAAAGGGGCGUUACCUUACCUGAAUGCACACUUCUAAUUCUGACACGAAUCCUUUUGUUGUUGUCAUUUGUUGCUGGCGGCGUCGUUGAUUUCUCCAGCAAAGAUAUAUGGAAGUUAUUUGUUGCGCUUGAGGUUUGGGUAGCAUCUCAGAGCUGCAAGAACAGAACAGAAGGGAGAUGGCACAGCAUACACCUGGAAGGGCACCGUGUGGACCAUUUGUUGCCACUGUCCAUUUGUCUUCGAACCAGGUACACCACAGACAUCGCCACGCCAGCCGAAACGGGGAUACCGGAACACUUAGAGAACCAAUAGCGAUGUCGGUUAGUGUGUUUGCUGCUUGAUUUAACGGACAUCUUUUUUUCUUUCUUUUUUUCUUGUAGCCAAUGAUACAAAUAAUCUCUGUUCUUUUGUCCUCUUGAACGUAGGCACAUCAGUACUGCUGGUGGUUUUAGUGAAAGCCUUCCCCUCUCAUUCAUGGUAUGCCAUAGUACUUGCAUGUGAAGUGAUUUAUUAUUAUUUCUGUUUAACUUAACAUCAUCUUGAACUUUUUUUGACCUGGCUGUAGUACAUGUUGUGUUUAUUUUUUAGAGAUUGUUGCAAUAAUUCUUGUGGAUGUUUUAUCAGAGUGUGUGUGUGUGUGUGUGUGUGUGUGUGUGUGUGUGUGUGUGUGUGUGUGUGUGUGUGUGUGUGUGUGUGUGUAUUUUGAAAAAAGAAAUCCCUUGACGGGCCCCAGAGUGGUUUGUCAUCCUGGUACUUUUUCCUCCCACAACUCUCCACUUCCCCGUCAGCUCCAGCAUGCAAGCCUAUGGUCCGGGUAGUUAAAGAUGUGAUUACGUAGUACGUUGCUGGUUACACCAUUCUUCUCUGUUCUGUUGUCUUUUUAUUUGAUUUGAUUUGAUCUACUUAAUUUCCUCUAGGUCAUUGGGGCCUAAGCACACACGCAUAAGGGAGAUGAUUUUCCAUUGAAAUCUUUUGGCUUCUCUGUUAUGAGACAGACUACUGAAACAUUCCACUGUUUGAGGGAAUUUGGCGUUGCCCAUGCUACGCUGCUGUCCUGUCCCCUCUUCUGUCAGCACGGGGAUAGUAUUGUCACACUAGGACUUUUUUUUCUUCUUUUUUUCGCUCUUCCCACCAAAGAAUUCAACAGAUGGAUCAUGUACAGUUCAGCACAGUACAGUACAGUACAAGCAAUCCCCCACAGCGUUGCUAGAGCAGACAGGCAAUAACUUCUGUUCUCAUUUUGAAACGCUCUAUAAGUGCUUUUGAGGACAUGUUAUUUUACCCCCAAGCAAAUGCAUGUGUGCAUAUGAUGUAGACAAGGAGGAUUUAACAUACUUAAUGCAUACAGCAGUCGUUAAUUGGUUUAGAAGCUGGAUGUUCAACUUUAAGAAGAGCUGCAGUCUGUUUUAAAAGCUUUUUUUUGUUUUGCUUUCAUGACUCCUCACACUGUUGUUGUUGUUUUGUUUUUUUACGUUGUUGAUGUUGUAGCUUUAUUGGUGUUGUAUGAAAAUGAAUUGAAUUUUACAUUAGGGUGCCAUGAAAUAGAAUGACCUGUAAAAAUGGAUUAAUCAAAAAUGUACCAACUAUACCUUUAAAACCAUGGUCACCCGCACAAAAUGAAUGUAAUACGUGACCUGCGGCAUCUGAAAUGGCUUUAGAUCUUUCUCAGUGGGUGACCAUUUAAUUUCUACACCGUUUGUGGCCAUGCAUGAUGCAAUAAUUAUACAUCUGAUCGCCAGCAAAAUCCCAUAUGAGAGAAGUAAUGUAAAAGGACCACUAUCCUCAUGAUUAGGGGGAUAUCAAAUAAUCGCUAUAUAUUCUCAAAUGAAACAUCCAAUUAAGAGAAGCCCUGUAUGCGCAACAUUGUGGAAAAUGACUUGAUGUGUAUGAUACCUUUGUCUAUUACUCUCUUUCACAUAGCCAAUGUUUUGUGUUUUAUAAAAAAAAAAAAAGGGGGAAGCAGAAAUGUGAGCAUUAACGUAGAUCGAGUGACCUUACAAUUACCAAAAUGUGCUUAAGUAGAGUGUUACAAUGUUUCGUGUUGUUAAGGUGAGCAUAGCCUUCCCAGCUAGCGACUUUACUGUUAGAGUACUGCCUUCCAAAUAACCAACGAUACCUCCAAAGGUUUAAGGUGACAUUUCAAUUAGGGAAAACUGAAUAAGGCAGUGUCUCACUCUCUAUGAAGCCUGGCAUUCUCCUUUCAAAUACACUCAAACUUCCAGCUUUGCUCAUGGUGUUACCGUGAAUACUCCUCCUCCUCCUCCUCUCCUCCUCCUCCUCCUCCUCCUCCUGGAGCUUUUGGAACCACUGAGAAACAUUCCUGAGACGCAUAAUGGCGCACAGUGCUACAUUAGUCUUCAGACAAACUCCUCUAAGGUGACUUGGAGCUCAGCGAGAAGUGUACAGACCACCUGCAACAUCAACCCGUUCAGUAUAAAUCGUUCGGCAAAUGCCGCAGCCGCCUCCCAAAGUACAGAGGGGUUAGGAGCAGGUGUUAGGUGGAUUCCUCUUUAGCUGAUGUCCUCUCUGUCACCAGGAAAUUCAUAAUCUAGCACCACAAGCAUUCUUAAAGCCUUUUUUUCGGAUGAGAGUGUUUGUUUUUUGUUUUGUUUUUGACUUUUCAUUAAGGAGAUCUGCUCCUCCUUUUUGCUGGCUAUUCCUUGGGGGAAUUCAGGGUGAGGUGGUCAAGGUUUGAUGCCAUCACUGAUAGAGGGUGUCAGGUGAUUACAAUCGAUGUAUUUAUGAACCAAAACUUGAUUGAAAUACGAUUGUUUUCCUACUAUCUUGAUAUAUUCUAAUUUGUGUAAAACCAGGCUAGGAUAUAGAUUCAUUUUCUACGUCAAAUCCCCUAAUUGCGGUGUUGUAAGACCUUUGGUCCUACUUUCGACACUGAAAAUGUAGCUUUUUUCCCAUUUUACUUUCCGAGACAUUUCUAGCCAAAGAUAGCUAUUUUUGUGGUGUUAAUAAAUGGAAUCUAGAAGUGGUAGAACCAAGCUACAUUCAAAGUCUGAUUUGCAUGUUUACACUACAAAAAUAUCCAUCUGAAGCUAGCGGUCAUCUCAAAGUCACAAUCCCUUUUAGGACAUUCUCAAAAUUGUCAAUUAGAGAAGCUCAAUUUCUCAAAUAGCUACUUGCACAAGAAUACUCACGCAAGCGGUUUAUCGGUUUAUUUACAUUUUCUAAAGACCUAAGAGUGCAUCAAACCCUGACCCCCUUUUGUGUCCAUUGCUGUAUGGUUUCUCAACAGUGUAAAAUCUCAUUCUUUGUCGAUAAAGCUAAUGUGUGCUGCAGUAUUUCCUAGUAUACUUCUCUGUUAAUUGUCUUUUCUUAUUUACUUUUGUUUAUUGGGGUGUGAUGUCUCAUUAUUUCAAUCUGUUGAUGUUAGCGUUCUAUGUAUACCCUGUUCCUUAGCCUAAUAUUAUUAAGUAUGUUAUGAGAAUGGAUAUUUUACUGGCUUUAUAGAAUGUUUAAAUAACUAUAAUAAUGACAAUAAGAAGAAGGAUUAAUUAAACCUCCUAACAAGUUGAGAACUUGCUACUAAGCGCUUGUGUUACCAUUAUGAUGUUGUGUGCUUCUCUUAAUCAUUUUCGUUGUAGAAAAAUGGAGUGAAUUUAUAUUAGGCUUCGAAAAAAACUAAUGAUAGCAUUGUACAUUUUACAGGAGGAUUUUAACAGACAAACAGCUUCGUCAAAUAGAAGAAUAUAGUUAUUUUAAUUGUCCUCUUUACUAACUGUAGGGUGAGAAGGGGCUCGCGUUGUGGUGAACUAUGUUAUAGCUUGUUAUUCACUGUUACUUUUGAUCAUUUUUUCGGUCUCCGAGGUGAAUCGAGUUAUUAAUGAGAAUUUGUAUGCUCACAUAUGCAUAUUGUAUAUGUGUAGAAAUGUAAUCACACUUUGUCUUGGAUUUACAUUAAACUGUUAAGUCACGGCACCAGUA